GAGAAGACCAAAGAUGAUCUGAUGCGCACACAAGUGGUGCUGCGGGAGGCCCAGCGUAGAGGCGUGAUCAACAACCCCAGUUUGGAGGAGCUGCUGCACAAGCUCCACACCAAGGUCGGCAAGGCGGAGGACGCGCUGGACGAGCUCCAGUACUUCAUCAUCCAGGACCAGCUCGACGGCACUCAGUACGCUGUGCCGGAUCUGGGCAAUACCCUCUGGGGUCAUGCUCGCCACAUCCGUCAUGCCAUUCACCAUGCCAUCGGUAACUUCAUCCUUCCAUGCUUUUCUUGUUGGCUGCUGCAAGAUGAUGAUCAUGGUGCUGCUGCUAUAAAUCAUCCUCACAAUACCUCCAACCCAGCUAGUGGUAAUGAUGGUUCAGUUACUAAGUUGUCAUUCGACAGAGUGGCCAUGUCCAAGAAAAUCAAACAAGCCAUAGAGGAAAUGCACUCCCUGUGUGACCAAUUCUUGGAGUUGCUAAAAAUAAUCCCAGACCAUAGUAACAGUACUACAACUGUCAACCUAAAACGACCUCUCACAGGAUCAAUCACUGCACAAGAUAAAUUGUAUGGGAGGGAAGACCUGUUUGAGCAAACCAUAAAAGAUCUCAUCACCAAUUGCACAGAUAGCAAUAAAGCUCUUUCAGUUAUGCCUAUAAUUGGUCCAGGGGGUAUUGGAAAAACAACCUUCACCCAACACCUGUACAAAGAUAAAAGGACACGUGAACACUACCCUGCCAGGGCUUGGAUAUGUGUCUCAACUGAUUUUGAUGUGCUUAAGCUCAGUCAGCAGAUCCUUAGCCAAAUUGAAGAAAACAAUGAUGCAUAUCAAACAUCAAGUUUAAACCAGCUCCAGAAUUCCAUUGAAAAGGGGCUCAAGUCUAAAAGGUUUUUGAUUGUCUUUGAUGAUAUAUGGGAAUGCACUACUCAGGAUUGGGAAACCCUGCUAGCUCCUAUGGGAAAGGGCGAAACCACAGGUAACAUGGUUCUCGUCACAACUCGGUUCCCAUCUAAAGUUGAUGAUGUGAAAACAACCGACCCGAUUCUGCUGAAAGGCCUUGAGCUGGAUGAUUUUUUAACAUUCUUCGAAGCAUUAAUAUUUGAAGGACAAAUACCCCACAAUUUGAAAGAACUUGCAAAGGAUAUUGCCAAGAAAUUGAAGGGUUCACCUCUAGCAGCCAAAACAGUUGGUCAGCUAUUGAAGAAUGACCUAUCUAAGAAACAUUGGAUGGCAGUUCUCAAAGAUAAUAGAUGGCAAAAACAAAAAAAUAAUGAUGAUAUUAUGCCAUCUCUAAAGAUUAGCUAUGAUUACCUUCCUUUCCAACUGAAAAAAUGUUUUUCGUGUUUUUCCCUAUUCCCGGAAGACCAUAGGUUUAGCAAUCUAGAGAUUACAUGUUUUUUGAGUGCAUUAGGGAUCAUUGAAAAAGAUGAGAAUUACAUGGAAGAACUUUUGAAAAAUGGUUUUCUCGUGAAGGAGAAUGAUCGUUGGUCAAAUCAACAGUACUAUGUGCUGCAUGAUUUAUUGCACGAACUAGCUCGGAGUGUCUCGUCACAAGAAUGCCUAAAUAUAUAUAGCAAUGGAAGUUUUAGGGCUGAUGAUGUCCCAAAAUCCAUUCGUCAUUUGUCCAUCACCAUGAAAGACAAAUACGUUGAGACUUUUAGGACAGAAAUGACUAAAUUAAAGAGCAAGGUAGACAUCCCAAAUUUGCGUGCUCUAAUGAUUUUUAGAAAAUAUGAGGAACAAAUUGAUGAGAUUAUAGAAGACACUUUCAAGGAAAUAGAGGCCCUUCGUGUUCUUUUUAUCGAAGUCAUGUCCCCAGAAUCUUUACCACAUUACUUUCCAAAACUU